AUGAAGCAAUCCUUUUAAAUCAAAUCUGACAUGUAUUUAUUAUUAUAUACUUUUAAGAUAACUUUGCUUUAAAAUUGUAUUUUUGGGAUCCAGUUCAGUUGGUAAAACUUCUAUUAUUAAGAGAUUCCUCAAAAAUGAAUUUGCAAUGAAAUCAAUGAGUACUGUAGGAGUUGCAUGUGUAUUAAAUAUUUUUAAGUUAAGGAAUCUAAAGUAAUUACUAUAAACAACCAAUAAGUAAAGGUGUAAUUGUGGGAUACUGCAGGACAAGAGAGAUUUAGAUCUUUGACAAAGAAUUACUAUAGAGGUUGUGAUGCAGUAAUCAUUGUUUAUGAUAUUUCAAAUAUAAAGAGUUUCGACUAAGUGAAUGGUUGGAUUGCUGAUUUUGAAGAGUAUAUAAAUAUACUUAUUCAACUAGAAAAUGUGAAAGACCAGCUUUAAAGAUGUUAUUAGGAAACAAAAUAGAUCUGAAUAGAGAAGUAGGAAUUGAGUUGGGUCAACUCUUAGCAAGAAAAUAGAACUUAUUAUUUCAAGAAGUAUCAGCAAAAGAAAAUAUCAAUAUUGAAAAUGCUAUGAUAAAGUUAAUAGAAAAUUUGAUAAAUACAAGAUCAAUUGAUUCUGGAGAUAAAAUAAUUAGAAGGGGAUCUUUAGUUGAAGGUAAAUCAAAUAAUGGAGAUAUGUCUAAUAGUGGAAUUAGCAAAUCCACAAGACCUGUUUCACACAAACUUUAAGAAAGGGAUAUCACAAUAUCUGAUAAUUCUAAAUUAUAGGCUAUUAAAUCUGGUGGUGAAAGUUCACAAGAAGAAUCUCCUUAUACUUCUGGACCUUUAUUAUAAUUAAAUACUCCACCAAAUAUUAUUGUCACUCCACCUGAAGAUGCUAUAAUUGUUAAUCAAGAUUAUAACAAUAUGUGGUUAAAUGUUUCUAAACAUAAAAAGAAAUCACAUAGUGUAAGUAUGAAUUAAAAAUUGAUUCAUCCCAGAGAAUCUGAUUCAAAUAGGGAUGAAUAUUUUCUAAGACACAAUGCUAAUUAAAGUUGUUUCUGUUCAUGUUGAU